UGGGUGGGUAAUUCUGUCACAGAUGAUUUGGCUCCCUGAACUCAGCUGCCAGCUCAUGUCCAGGGGGCCUUAGUAUCUGAGACCAAGACAUUUUAGCAGGGAGUUGAGCUCACCAGGAAUCAUCUGCCAUUCCAGACCCUGUGCUGCUACCUGCCAGGUGGCCCCCACCGCCAAGAAGAAAUGAUGGAUUUCCUAGUCUUCCCGGACUUCUCGCAGCGAGUUCCUCUGCCCAGCUAUGUCUUCUUCCUCACCCAUUUCCUUCUUCUCCUCCAGCCCGGAGAGCUGAACUCAGAGGAGGUCAGGGUAGUAGGCCCUGGAGAGCCCAUCCUGGCACUUGUGGGGGAAGAGGUGGAGUUCUCGUGCCAUCUGUCCCCAUACCUGGAUGCCGAGGACAUGGAGAUCCGCUGGUUCCGGAGUCAGACCUCUGAUGUGGUGCACCUGUACCAGGGGCGGCAAGAGCUCUACAGCCAGCAAAUGGCACAGUUCCAGAACAGGACCAGACUCAUCAAGGAUGAUAUCAUGGAUGGCAGCGUGAACCUGCAGCUCCAUGGCAUCAUUCCUGCUGAUGAGGGCCUGUACGGAUGCCGUUUCCUCUCCAGCAACUUCUCCAAGGAAGCUGUCUGGGACCUAGAGGUAGCAGGGCUGGGCUCAGACCCUCACAUCUCCCUUGAGGGCUUCAAGAAGGGAGGCGUUCAGCUGAAGUGCAGCUCCAGUGGCUGGUACCCCAAACCCCAGGCUCAAUGGAAAGAUCAUAAAGGACAGUGCCUGUCUCCAGAGAUGGAAGCCAUUGUCCAGGAUGCCCGGGGCCUGUUCAAUCUGGAAACAUCUGUGGUUGUCCAAGGGGGUGCCCACAGCAAUGUGUCUUGCUCCAUCCAGAACUCCCUCCUGUUCCAGAAGAAAGAGUUCACCAUCCAGAUAGCAGACGCAUUUUUACCCGGAAGCUCCCCUUGGAAGAGGGCUUUCCUCGGGACUCUGGUGGGACUGCCGCUCCUCCUAGCUCUCCUCCUGACGCUGGCGCUGUACUUCUUUCAGAAGCAACGGAGGUGCCAAGAAAAGCUGAGGAAGCAGGCUGAGAAGGACAAAGAGAGACUCUCAGCAGAACUGGGGAAGCUUCAGACAGAGCUUGACUGGAGAAGGGCUGAAGGCCAGGCUGAGUGGAGAGAAGCCCAACAAUAUGCAGUGGACGUAACCCUUGAUCCAGCCUCGGCACACCGCAGCCUGGAAGUCUCCGAGGAUGGCAAGAGUGUGUCUUCCUGCACCGCGGUGCCCGGCGCUGUGGUGGGGGAUCCCCAGCGGUUCUCUGAGCAGACCUGUGUGCUGAGCUGUCAGCGCUUCUCGGCUGGCCGCCACUACUGGGAAGUGCAUGUGGGCAGGCGCAGCCGCUGGUUCUUGGGUGUGUGUCUGGCCUCAGCGCCGCAGCGCGUGGGGCCAGUGCACCUAAGCCCAGCCAAUGGCUACUGGGUGAUGGGGCUGUGGAACCGCUGUGAGUACUUCAUCCUGGACCCACACCGCGUUGCGCUCACCCUGCGUGUGCCGCCGCGGUGUGUGGGCAUCUUCCUGGAUUGGGAAGCAGGAAAGCUGUCCUUCUUCAAUGUGUCAGACGGCUCCCACAUCUUCACCUUCACUGAUACCUUCUCAGGGACGCUCUGUGCGUAUUUCAGGCCCAGAGCUCACGACGGUGGUGCCCACCCAGAUCCCCUCACCAUCUGCCCAUUGCCUCUUAGAAGGACAUGCAUCCUUGAAGAGAAUGAGCUUGAUGCCUGGUUACAGCCCUAUGAGUCCUCAGAUCCCACCCUGGGCCUGUGGUGAGGCACUCUUUUGCCUUUAGGUCUGGGUCCUUGGCAGCUUCCUGGAUCCCUGGCUGAGAUUUGCUCUCCCACUGCCUCUAGAGUGGAGGAAACAUCACCAAAAUGGUCAGCAAAGGCUCAUGACUAGCACAGAAGAAACAAACAAAA